AUGAACUCUCGAGAUAGCGACAAGAGCUCCCCCCUCGAACUCGAAGAGGUCAAGAAACCCGAGAGCACCGAUGAUAGCGAUGGAAAUGAUGUCGCAGACGUCGUCAGCGUCCACUCAGCCCCAGAAUACAAACUCUAUCGCCGUCGGUUUGUUGGUAUCGCGAGCUUGGUCAUCUUGAACAUUGCUGCUGGCAUGCCUUGGCCGUGGUUUGGCCCAAUCUCCAACGACAUGGUUAUGGACUUUGGCAUCACGCUGGACCAGGUCAACUGGCUAGGGAAUGUCGUUGCUUGCAUUUUCCUACCCAUUUCCCUGCUCAUUCCAGAGAUCAUCCGCCACUUUGGGAUCCGCCGUUGUUGUGAUAUUGGCGCGGUUACAAUGGUCAUCGCUGCCUGGAUUCGGUAUGCAGGGACGGUCCACAGCCUGUCGAGCGGAGGCGCAUACGCACUACUCUUCAUUGGCCAGUUCUUCUCCGCCAUUGCCCAGCCUAUUUUCCAGGUCAUCGGACCAAAAUACUCCGAGACCUGGUUUGACCUGAAAGGCAGGGUCAGCGCUACCAUGAUCAUCGCUAUAGCCAACCCGGUUGGUGGAGCACUCGGCCAACUUCUAAGUCCCAUCGUUGGCAGCACCAGGCAGUCUAUACUCGUUCUUGCAAUCAUCUCGACGGUGGCGGCUCCCUUCGUCCUGUUAAUCAGUGCAGCACCGCCAACUCCACCAACGUAUGCUGCGUCCAAGAAGACAGCUGGUUUGCUUUCCCUCCUUCGGGUGAUGACCAACAAGGGGCGACCCUCCGACCCACCCAUGACCGGGAGGGAACGCGUCGAUUUCCUCAUUAUUUUCCUCGUCUUUGGUGUACUAGCCUCCGCUGUCAAUGUAUUCGGCAUCUUGACUGGUCAAUUUUUCGUCAGUUCCACCAACCUUACGGCUACUCCUCUGAUACUGCUGGUUUUUUUGGGAGCAUGCCUUCUGCUGAGCGGCAUUGUCGCUGCAAUUCUCACCUCGCCCUUGUUCGACCGCGUUUUCACCUCCCACUUGGCGAUAACGGCGAAAAUACUGGUACCCAUCCUUGCCGUGGCCUGGCUAUCUCUUAUCUGGGCCGUCCGUCCACACAACCUGGCUGCUCUAUACGCUAUCUGCGCCAUCAUCGGGGUGACAUCGGUGACCAUGCUUCCGGUUGCGCUCGAGCUGGCCGUUGAAAUCACACGCAACGCCGAAGGAAGUUCAGCUUUACUGUGGUUUGCAUGCAAUGGACUGGCCAUCAUCUUCAUUCUCGUUGAAGGGGCACUCCGUGCUGGGCCGAACGCAUCGCCGCCACUCAACAUGCGCAAGGCGUUGAUUUUCAAUGGUGCAGUGGUGAUGGCGUUUGCCUCCGCCGUUUUUUUCCUGCGAGGAGAACAAACAAGGAAACACGUUGACAAGGAAAAGCUGGACAAGUCUCGAGCGCGGACGAAUGAAGUUGCUCUCCAGUCGUCAUGA